UUGAAAAACAGUUUAUAUUUUUACCGGUCAGCUAAAGCAUACAUAAAACUAUAAAUAAUUACGAAUUUUUUAUUUAAAGUUGUUUUAAACUUACACAUUCAAAAUGAACAUUAUAAUAUUAUUAGUUUCUCUUUGUGUUUCCAUAUUUUUUCGUAACUCUGUUGGCGCCGUGGAUACGCCUUCCUGCAAGGAAUCUCUGAAGUGCGAUUGUAUGAUAGACAGCGUAAGAUGUGUUAUGCUGUCCCCAAAAGACGAUGAUGUUGAUAAAAUAACAAGCGAGUUCACGGGUCUUGCAGUAUCUCAGUCUGAUGUUGUCUUCCGAAAAUUGAACCCCCACAUUACGUACCUGGAUAUCCAAUGGAGCGAUUAUUCAUUUCUCAACAAUGAGCCUGUCUUUUCAAACUUGAGGACUUUUCAGAUAUUUGCCUCAAAGUACCGAGGGUUCCCCAGGAACAACAUAACCGAACUCAGGAUCGAUAACGGCCUUAAUUUGAGAGGUAAGAGUUUGCAACGAGUGUUGAAAAACAUCAGCCGUGAGUUCCCAAAUGUGCAGACUCUUGAACUCGAAAACAUGGGACUCACAUUCGACGAGAGAGACGCAAGAGCAAAACCCGUAAAAUUUGCGAACCUGGUGAACGUGUCAUUGAAAGGGAACAGAAUUAGUUCUCUGCUGGUUUUGAACUCAAUUGAGGGGUGGUGGCGGAUGAAAGAAAUCCGUCUGAAUGACAACUACAUCGAUUCAGUUUCACUGGGCGACAUCAAACAAAUUGCGAGUUUCGAGUUCGAGCCAGACGCCCGAGUGAAACUGCGGAUGGAUCAACAGCGUGGCUUGUUAUGCGAGUGUGGCUUGAACGGUUUCCAGAAGUGGCUCAAGGCCACUGAGUUGUUCAUUAAUCCCACUUCAAUCAAGUGCCAAAUGCAGACAGAGAGAAGCAAUGCGCAGUUAGAGAGUCUACUGGACUUGAACAACCUAUGUCAGAAGUCAAGGAAAUCAACUGCUGUAGCACUACAUGGAGUGGGUAAAAUGAAGGGGUCAGUUGCUGCCCUGAUAGUGACAGGGUCAGUGGUGGGCAUCAUUGCCAUGUGUGUCAUCUUCUGCCACCAUCGCAAACUAGGAAAGACAG